GCUCCCCACCAUCACAAUCCCACUCCCCUCAUUCUCAUCUCCCCAUCCUAUUCCUCCCCUCUCUUCAACCACAUCUCACUUUCACCAUGGCCGAUUCUCUUACCGAAGAGCAAGUCUCCGAGUACAAGGAGGCCUUCUCCCUGUUUGACAAGGAUGGCGAUGGACAAAUCACCACCAAGGAGCUCGGCACUGUCAUGCGCUCGCUCGGCCAGAACCCCUCCGAGUCCGAGCUGCAGGAUAUGAUCAACGAGGUCGAUGCCGACAACAACGGCACCAUCGACUUCCCCGAGUUCCUCACCAUGAUGGCCCGUAAGAUGAAGGACACUGACUCAGAGGAGGAGAUCCGCGAGGCGUUCAAGGUGUUUGACCGCGACAACAACGGCUUCAUCUCCGCCGCCGAGCUGCGCCACGUGAUGACCUCCAUCGGCGAGAAGCUGACUGACGACGAGGUGGACGAGAUGAUCCGCGAGGCGGACCAGGACGGCGAUGGUCGCAUUGACUACAACGAGUUCAUCCAGCUCAUGAUGCAAAAAUAAACGACCCUCUUUCGCCCUGUUUCUCCAAAUUUAGUUGAACUCGCCGUGUUUACCCACCAAUGAGGAUGUUUUUUUUUCACUUCCAUGUCUACUUUUCUCCUUUUCCGAUGCCCGUCUCUGUAGUCUAUAGUCGGUACCGGCUCUAAACUAUGGCUUGGAUGAAUCAUGAUCAAGCGUGCUUGUUGAAAUGCAGAUAACACGAUUUGGAUGCGGUGAAUUGAUUGGGACAGCGCUCUGGAUUGCGUUUCCAUAGUGUACAACUAUGGACUUGAUUAUAUCCCAUCCUGCCUUUAAACUUAGAUUAUUGUGCUUCGAACUGGUCUCCAAUUCCAUGUAGUGAUUCUUCAGGGAAUGUAUUGCUGGUCUAUAUAAGCCACGUGACCGGGGCUGGUCUUUCGACCUUCAAACUUCCAAUGAUUGCAAC